CGGCGACGCGCGGGGCGAUGAUGGCGCUGGCGAGCGAUUACCAAGCGAGCGACGCGGCGCUGGUGAUGCCGUUCGAACGCGCGGGAGAGCGCGCGAUGAAAAGAAAGGUGAGCCUCGAGGAGACGGAACACGCGCGGACGACGGCGGUGGGAGAUAAGGUGCGAGGACCGGAGCGGAGCGCGCGGGCGCUGGGGGUGUUGGCGUCGCUCGCGCGGAGACACGAGCGGGCGGCGGCGAACGCGGCGAGCGAGGAAGAGCGCGAGGCGUGCCUGGAACAAUUAGAGAUAGUGCGGCUCGCGAUGGAGUCCGCGCGCGCGAGGGCGCCGCGAGGGAUGGAGGAGAGUGGACGGGCGUUCGCGGCGUUGGGCGCGGCGGCGACGGCGGAGGAGGACGUUUGGGAAGGCUCGGGCGGAUUGAUGGACUCGAUUCCGCUUCACGGGGGCGUCGUUCCGGGGACUGCGGGCACGCGUCGUUUUGGGCCUUUGACGACGAAAUCGUCGAACGAUGACGCUGAUGCGGUGAAGAGAUUUUUAGCCACGCGGCGAACGGGCGCCGCGGCGCCCGCGGAGCGGCGUCCGGCGGCGAGAGAACGUCUCGCGCCAGCCGCGCCGUGGUUCAAGCGAAAGCAGCCGGACGUUUACUGGGACGUUGAUUUAGAAAAGAUUCAAGGCGCGCGGGAAUCGAUGGACGCCAAGCGAUCGGACGCGGAUGAUUUCGACUUUGAAAUCACGGACAUGCCGAUCAAGGCACGCAAAACCGCGGCGCUCGGCUCCAGUGGCGAAGACGAAAGCGACGUCGAAAUCGUUCGAUCGACAACGAUAAGCGACGAACCAUCCAACGCGACGGUCGGUAUCGACGAGCUCUUUUCUCAACAGGUUGACACGUGGACGAAGCGAGCGAUGAAGGGCUUCCAAGAAGCGAACAAAAAGGCGCGUCAAACGAUCGCCACCAUCUCUAGGCAAGCGGUGCGCGCUGAGGAGGAGUUACUGAUGAAACGAAUCGAUGUCCGCAUGUACGUUGAUUUCGCCGAUCCAUACUCGCUCGAACUCAUGCUCGGGUCGUACCAAAGGCUCGCGUCGAUGCCGCUAGGACCGGUCGACUGGAACAUCGUGCCCUUCGUCAACGUAGGCCAGGAAAGGAACAAGUCCGCCAACUGCUUAUACAGUGGACACGCUCGGCACUUGAGUUGUACGACAAACGCUAUCGCCGCAUGCGCGGUUGAGAACAUCGGAACUUUGAGUGGUGGCAUGCGAGCGUUUACGUCAUGUUACGGAAUGCAGCUUCUCAAGCUUGAAUCACAAGACGCGUUCAAGUACGGUCGUCACGAGGAAGCGCUUAGCAAGAUCGAUGAACGAUGCUGUCGAGCUGUCGCUGAUGCGGUUGAGCACGAAGAAUCGUCCGAAUCCGAAUCCGACAAAGAGACGGACAAAAAUACGCUGCAACGGUUGGGAAUGUCGAGCGCAAACUCACAGAUUUGCGCCGCUCAAAAGAAGUGCGCGUUCCACGGCGCCGGGUACGAUUUGUUGAAAAGCAACGAAGCUGAACUUGGAUCAAUUCAUCCUCGGCAUAAAUGGCUUCCUUGGGUCACGAUCGACGGUGAAGUCGCGUGUCGCAGGAAGUGCAACUUGCAAGCGACGGUGCGUCGACGAAUUUGCAACCUGCGGACUUCGCUUCCGGAAGGAUGCCCAAAAUUUCCGUGGGCGGAGGCGUGGUACGACGAGCCAGAGAUUUCUUUCGGAGGUCUCAUCGUUACGUGCGCGGCGGUCAUGCUUGCGAGUGUAUCUCUAUUCGUCCUCAUGCGCGAAGCCGGGAUGAAUCCGCUCGGUCUUUACAAGGACAACGCGAAUGAGGGAGCAAUCGAAGCGGAGCGAGUCGGGCUACUGCCUAAGUGAGAAAUCAUAUAGCCAUCAAUUUU